AUGCCGCCUGCAGUCCCGCAGACUCCUCACAAGGACGACCUGACAGAAACAUGGUCUUUCUUGGAGUCGGGUAUAGAUAGCGUCAUGCUGAAGCUUGACGAGGGAGUUGACAUGAAGACUUAUAUGGCUCUUUACACGGCCGUCCACAACUUCUGCACGUCACAAAAGGCCGUCGCCAGCAACCAAGGCCUGCAAGCUCACCGCGGAGGUUCGUCUCUCUCUGCGUCCCCUACUGGAACACUGUUUUCGUUUCCAAAUGAACGCAUUUCCACCGAGCAGAAUGGCAAACUAAUCAGAGAUCAUAUAUCUUCAGCGCACCUACUCGGCGAGGAACUUUAUAAGUUACUGGGUGAAUACCUCUCACGCCAUCUGAGUGCGGUACACAAGGAAUCCCAGGGUCAUACGGACGAAGCUCUACUAGCAUUCUACAUUCGCGAGUGGACCCGUUACACCACCGCCGCCAAAUACGUGAACCACCUUUUCAGUUAUCUCAAUCGUCAUUGGGUCAAGCGCGAGAUUGACGAGGGCAAGAAAAACGUUUAUGAUGUCUACACUCUCCACCUUGUGAAAUGGAAAGACGACUUCUUCGAGAACGUCCAUGGCAAGGUGAUGGACGCGGUGCUGAAUUUGGUUGAAAAACAACGGAAUGGCGAAACCAUCGAGCAGUCUCAGAUCAAGAGCAUCGUCGAUUCCUUCGUGUCGUUGGGCUUGGAUGAGAAUGAUAGCAAGAAGUCGACAUUGGAGGUUUACCGCCAGUACUUCCAGCGACCGUUCAUUAUCGCCACCAAGACAUACUACGAAAAUGAGUCCCGGCAAUUUGUGGCAGAGAACAGUGUGGUGGAGUACAUGAAGAAGGCAGAGGCUCGACUCGACGAGGAGAAAGCUCGUGUGGGUCUGUAUCUUCACCCGGACGUCACCAAAAGCCUUACGGAUACUUGUCUGGAUGUUCUCGUCACGGCCCACUCCACCCUGCUUCGUGAUGAGUUCCAAGUUUUACUGGAUAAUGAGCGUCAGGAGGACCUUGCGCGCAUGUACCGACUCCUGUCGCGUAUCAAGGAAGGGCUGGAUCCAUUGCGUACCACUUUUGAGAACCACGUGAGGAGGGCCGGUCUGGCUGCCGUUGAGAAAGUUGCAUCCGAAGGCGAAAACUUCGAGCCCAAGCUGUACGUUGAUGCCCUGCUCCAGGUCCACACUCGGUACCAGAACCUUGUCGACGAUGCUUUCAAUGGCGAGUCUGAGUUUGUGCGUUCUCUCGACAACGCCUGUCGCGAGUUCGUCAACCCAAAAUAUACCGAUUCUUUGCUCAAGAAGGGUUCCAAGGCUGCUGAAGAGUCCGAGCUCGAGGAGAUGUUGGUGCAGAUCAUGACUGUCUUCAAGUAUAUUGAGGACAAGGACGUUUUCCAAAAGUUUUACUCAAAGAUGCUUGCGAAGCGACUGGUGCAUGUCAGCUCAGUGUCCGACGAUGCGGAGACUUCAAUGAUCAGCAAGUUGAAGGAGGCUUGCGGUUUCGAAUAUACCAAUAAGCUGCAGCGCAUGUUCCAGGAUAUCCAGAUCUCGAAGGACCUCAAUGCCAACUACAAGGACUACCAAGAUAAAGUCCUCGAUGAUGAUGACCGGAAGAGAAUGGUCGAUGCACACUUCCAAAUUCUUGGCACUGGAAUGUGGCCUCUCAACCCACCAACCACUAAUUUCACCGCCCCGCCAGAGAUCAACAAGACCGCCGAACGCUUCCAGAAGUUCUACUUUGACAAGCAUAGUGGCCGUAAGCUAACAUGGCUGUGGCAGCUGUGCAAGGGUGAAGUGAAGGCAAAUUACAUUAGAAACACCAAGGUGCCAUAUACAUUCCAAGUAUCGACGUUCCAGAUGGGCAUCUUGCUUUUGUUUAAUGAGACCGACACACUGGGAUAUUCUGAUAUCCAGAAGGCCACCAACCUUGCUCCUGAAAUCUUGGACCCCAAUCUUGCCAUCCUCAUGAAGGCGAAGGUGCUCCUGCCAAAUCCUGAGGGCGGCAAGCCUGAGCCCUCCACCUCAUUCAGUCUGAACUACAACUUCAAGAACAAAAAGGUCAAGGUCAACCUUAACAUUCAAAUCAAGUCCGAGCAGAAGGUAGAAUCGGACGAUACGCACAAAACGAUAGAAGAGGACCGGAAGCUGUUGCUCCAGUCUGCUAUCGUCCGCAUCAUGAAGUCCCGUAAGAAGAUGAAGCACGUCCAACUCGUGCAGGAAGUCAUCCAGCAGGUUAAGGCCCGCUUCCCACCCAAGGUUCCCGACAUCAAGAAGAACAUUGAAGCCCUCAUGGAGAAGGACUACAUCGAGCGUCUAGACGGGGACGAAAUUGCCUACAUUGCUUAA